CAAUCAGUAAGAGUUGGGAUCUCCGCCUCGGUAGACGUGUCUCGCGCGCCGUAUUCAUCCCUCGGUGACCUCGGUUAUUAACGGUUGACUUGCUGCUGUCUAACUCGCGACGAGCCUCGAUCUUGAAGCUUGGAGGCUGCAGAAGUCAGUCAGUGUUCAGUUAACGAACGUGUGUGUACAAGGGAAAAUAUUGAUUUUUCCGACCGCUUGUCGCCCUUUUUCCUGCAGCAGCGCCUAGGAUUAGGCCUAGGAUUGUACAACGAUGCUACGACGUUGACAACCGACGUGAGUGAAAGUUGCAAAUUUUCCGGAUGGCGCUACAUUUCAGUUUGGACCGUAACCGUUUCGGUUAACAUCAGAAGCGGCAGCAGUUCGUUGGCAGGGUAAUGUUUCGCCACUAAUUAAAUGGAUUAAAUUGAAGUGGCGGCGACGGUGGAAUCCCUUCGCGCGGUGCGUGUUUCCAGUAAGUCAGUAAGCAUUUACCGCAAACAGCUUUCGUAGCUUAAUUUGUGUGAUAGUUUUUGCCAUAUGUAGGCUCCUUCUCGUGAAGAGUGAAGUUGAUUGAUGAGCAACUAGGAUUCGCACGAGUACCUUUCCGUCACGCCAAUUGGGCACCGUAACGAACGUUGUGUCUGUGAAUAAUGUGCUAAGUAGUAUACCAAGAACAUGAGAGCUAAUUGAUAUUGAUGGACUGUUGGAAAUGUCAUCACUGAUGGAGAAUCGUCGGUCGGUUGAAAAGUAUAUUAAUGUAAUUGCCUGAAUGGUUAAUCCUCAACUGAAUAGUACAAACAACAUCCUCAAGAACCCAACCGAACACGUCGCCAUCAAUAUGUUGCAUUCGCAUGAGUAGUUCCUAGAAGUGAACGGUUAUCUCUUGGGCUCGUCGUAAGAGUCGUCAAUACAACCAGCCGGAGAAAAAAAAUGAAACUACUGAAUGGUGUCUUCGGUGGGCAGCAAGGCGAAGAAGACGAAGACGGAUCCGGUCAAUCCUUGGCGCCACUGCAAGUGAUAUUGUACGUUUCGAUCUCCUUUCUGAUAGUGUCCCUGCUGGGGGUACUCAUCUACAUCACAUGCUCCAAACGGUACCGACUGAAUUGGUUCGAGAAAAACCUGCUGGAGACGGCCAAGGAGCGGGAGGCCUACCGGCAACGAAAUGAAAGCCAAGUUAGUUGCCCCAUUCCGUACAACGUGGACGCCGUAGCGGGCACAUCCCGGUAUUUGAAUCGCAACACUGGCAGCCCACUGGCCAAAACGGACGAUCCACCGUUUUGGGCAUCCCAAGGGAUUUACAAAACCACCCAAUCCACUGGGCAGCUUAUUGACUCUUCCGAUGAGGAGCCCCCGGACGACAGCGCCGAUUCAUCGAGCAGCUGUAAGUCCGUUAUAGCGGUCGGUUCGGUGCCCAUUGCCCGCACCGAUAAACACGUUGUCCUGAGCACAACGAGCCCAGCAAAACCGACCACAUCGAUGGUGAAGGCGAAAAACAACCAACAAAAGUCGACGACGGAUGCUUCCGGUGCCGGGGACACGCUUGAUACAUCCGCCUCCGGUGGUGUCGCUGCCGGUGGAAUCAGCUCUAGCUCUUCCGCGAAACUUGAACUCAGCGAAGACUCCCGGGGAGCAAUCCACCUAACGCUCAACUACGACCCCAGUGCGGGGAUUUUGAAUGUCAAACUCAUAGAGGCUCAGGAUUUGCAACCGCGUGACUUCAGUGGCACCGCGGAUCCGUACGCAAAGAUAAGACUGCUCCCAGAUCGCAAUAACAUGUGGCAAACUAGAAUACACAAGAAAACGCUAAACCCAGUGUUCGACGAAGACUUUGUCUUCGAAGUCCGGCCGGCAACCAUCGGUCGACGUACGCUUGAAGUACUGCUGUUUGACUUCGAUGCCUAUUCCCGGCACGUGAUUAUCGGUGGAUCACAACUCGCGCUGGCGCACGUUGAUCUUUCGGAUCGUCUGGACAUCUGGCGACCGCUGGGACCCUGUACCGAAACGGACCCAAAACAAGACCUUGGGGACGUCAUGGUUUCCCUUUCAUAUCUUCCCUCAGUCGAGAAGCUAACCGUAGUAAUUAUUAAAGCAAGAAAUCUGCGCAUCGUUGAUGAAACCCGAGGCUCAUCGGACCCGUACGUAAAAAUAUCGUUGCACAACCUGGACGGGAAGCGUCUUAAAAAGCGUAAGACAACCGUAGCCAGAAACACGGUUUCACCCGUUUACAAUGAAGCACUUACUUUCGACAUAGCCAAAGAGACGCUUAAAAAUUGCUCCAUCGAACUUCAGGUUCGCCACGAUAGUUUACUGGGCAAGAAUGAAGUGCUCGGAUGUGCUACCAUCGGAAAUGGACCGGACGUAAGACCGGAGGACCGAGCUUUCUUUGAUGAACUUUUUCGCAAUCGGUCAGCCACAGCUCAAUGGAUUGCACUCUCCGAUUGGAAGGCCGCCAAAUCAGCGGCCAGCAAAUGAGUGCAUUGCCAGUCAAGAAAGGAGGUGGAAUGUUUCACUCAGUAUAGCUACAACUUUUAAAGCAAACGUCCAAUGUACCUUAUUCUAUUGCUAGUUGUUAAUCAAAGGGCAAAAAUCUAUAAAUUUAUUGCAUUGUUGAAUGUUUCAAGCGUUGCUGUGUAUAUCGAUGUUGUAUAUCUGUUGUAAACUGAUGAAGGCGAACAAAGUCCCACUCUUCUUUACUUUCGAUCAUAUGAGUAACGAUAUUUACUGUAGAUUAUACAUUCUAAACUUAUACACCACCCUUACCGUAUACUGUAGAAAACAUGAUUGGUAUAUUGAAAAAUUUCUUACCUCUGAGUUUCCGAUUUAACGCAUUACAUCAAAAAUAUUACGACCUCAAGACUAUGCUGUAGAAUUUUAAACUAUAGACACACCAAAGAACGCAAAAGACAAAUGAAAAGGUUUUGCUGAUAUAUAGUAGAAAUAAUUAUGUAAUCCAAGAUAUAAGAAGAGCUGCGUCUAAUAGAACAGAUGUAGAAUAUCAAAAUAAAAAGAAUAUACAAAUCAAUUAUGAUACCUAUGAAUAUUUAUCUAGUGUUAAUAAAGUGCAAAUAUAUAUACCAAUAA